AAAAAUAUUUAACCUUUCAACCUUCCAAAACAAUUUUAAAACCGCGUAAAAAAAUAAAAAUAUCUCUUUUCCGUUCGGUUUAUUACAUUUCUGGCCUCUACUUGUGAACACUUUCUCUUCUACUUUCCUUGAUCAGAAACAAAUCAGAUUCUCUCCUCUCUUCGAAUCCCUUGGAUAUGCAGCAGCAAGACCCGAACGCCCGACCCGCCACCGGGUAUCCAUACCCGUAUCCGCCUCAACAACCCGCCAACGGUUACCCUCCCAACGCCGCAACCGCCUACCCAUACCAAAACCACAACCCCCACUACGCGCCUCAGCCUAGCCCACGCGCUGUCCUAUUACGCCGCCUCUUCACCGCCUUCACCGUCUUCCUCCUCAUCCUAGGCCUCAUCCUCUUCAUCUUCUUCAUCGUCGUCCGUCCCCAGCUCCCAACCGUCUACCUCAACUCCCUCUCCGUCUCCAACUUCACCGUCUCCGACAACCGCCUCGCCGGAAACUGGGACCUCCGCCUCCAGUUCCAAAACCCUAAUUCGAAGAUGUCGCUUCACUACGACGGCGUCUCGUGCGCGCUCUAUUACGACCGCGCGUCUCUCUCCGAGACGCGCCUGCAGCCGUUCGAUCUGGGGACGAAGGAUCAGACUCCGGUGAACGCGACGCUCUCCGUCUCCGGGACGUACGUCGAUGGCCGGUUGGUUGAUUCGAUUGGGAAAGAGAGGGGCGAGAAAGGAAGCGUGGAGUUCGAUUUGAGGGUGGUUUCUUUGGUUACGUUCCGGUAUGGAGUGUACCGGAGGAGGAGGUACGUCACGGUUUUCUGCGAUGACGUGGCGGUUGGUGUCGGGGGGAAUAGUAGUUCGGGGAACAUGGUUGGUUCGGCUAAGAGAUGCAAACCUUAAUGAGAUGAUAGAAGGUGAGUUUCUUUCAAUAGGAGUUUUAUAAUUUAAACCAAAUUACUUGCGAUGUUGAUGAUGAAAUUUAUUCAUGUUUUAUAAUAAUGUAAAUCGAGUCGACAAUGGUAUUUUUUUCAAUGUCUAUGAUGAAUUAUACAUGUUCGAGAGAAAAAAUGGGAAGACCAUUUUCAGCUAAUGUGUUGUUGAAUUAUGAUGAUGAUGAUGAUGAUGAUUCUCUGUUUCAUU